AUGAAAAAAGUUGUAAUUAAUUCAAGGAACCAAACAGAAUAUGACAGUGAUGUAAGCGAUACUACAUUAGAAGAUUGGAAUGAAGAAAAGCCUGAGGAAUUUGAUGCAUAUACCAUUACUGCAUCUAUGAUUGGCCUUUUUUAUAAAGAACAGUCAUAUUGGUCAUCUUAUGAAAUAUCAUUUCAAAAAAUUGACGAGGAAAGAAAGUGGCACUUGUCUUCAGGAAGAAAUGUGGAAGACAUUCUCUAUGUGUACAUGUCAAAAUUGGAAUAUAAGCAACUAGCAUAUUCUUUUAUUAUUAAGUUUAGUAUUUCUACAAAAGAUGCUUUGCAAUCUCUAGUAAAUUCCAACGAUACUCCUAAUGAUCUAUCAUCUGAUAUAAUUGAUAAAACUUUAAAUUCUAACGAUACUCAUAAACAGAUAAUCUCAUGUAAUGAGAAGUCUAACACAUCUAGCUACGAAGUGACUACCUCCAGCAAUUCCGAUACACAACAGGAAUUAGAGACCUCCAUAUCUCCUACCCCUGUGAAAACCAUAUCAUUGGAAGAGAAAGAAGAAAAUAAAUUUCUGGAUUUAAUGUAUAAGGAACAGAUUAGAACAGAUAAACUUCGGCAAGAAUUGUUCAAUACUUCUUUAGAAAUGAGUUUACAAGAUUACUCUAUAUCAAAAAAUAUUAAACCAGAACAGAUUAAAAUUUCCGAGACAGCCUGUCCCAAAAAAAUUGAGAGCAUGGAUGGUUCUGCAAAGUGUAUUGUUAAUUUAUUUGACAUUAAUGAGAUAUCACAAAAUUUAGCUCAGUUGUGCGAUACAGCCAUAGGUGCAGAAGAUCGAGCUUUGAAGGCUAAUCAGGAAGAAAUCAUAUGCUGGUCUCUUUAUGGUAGGGAUUUUGAAUUUCAAGUUGAGAGCCGAAUCUCUAUUUUACCUUCGCUUAAAAAUACAUCUGAAGUAUCUUCUGAAGAUAAUAUAAUUGAAAUUUCUGGGACGGCCUGUCUCGAAAAAAUCUUACCUCACAUUGAGAUAAGUGAUUUG